AUGGCGGCGGUGGUAGAUGUCGAGGUCAACAUGCCGGAGCUGGUGCAGGCGAUCGAGAUCAUCUACGCCAAGGCGAUGAAAAUGGCAAGCAAGGUCAGGCACAUCAAUGUCGCGUUUCCGCUGGUCGCCGCAACCCUGUGCAUUAGCCGGCGCGAGGUGUUCCAGCAGCGGUGGCUGGUAUUGCUCGGGUACUGCAUCCAGCGGCUCAAAGACAAGCAGUUCAGGCGGGUCGCAGUGGAUGCAAUUCUGCGGAUUUUCUGGGUGUAUCUGUUCCGGUACCCGGAGAGCAACUCGAUGGUGGUCAGGCGGAUCGAUGCGUUGACGCGGAUAUUCUUCCCGGCCACCAAACUGCACGCAUGGCCAAAGACGAUUCCGCUAGAUGCAUAUGUG